AUGUGGCCCCAUGCAAGCUGCGACGCUGUGAGCGUGGGUGCUGGCGGUGCCUGGACUUUGAUCCAUGUACGCGUUGGUAUAGCUGUGCGUUCAAACAACGUGGUCAUUGCGCAACAAGGGUAUGCCUCGUACGGCGACAAAUACGAGGUCGUUCCCCUUGAUGUCAUUAGCGGAGACUUCAGCGAGAUUAUCGCGCAGAAACUAUCGAUGUUAGGUUGGAACACAGUUACGAAGGAACAGGCAUUUAACGAAAGUGGCACAGACCCGAUGUUCGUCUACGACGUGGAGAAGACACCUUCGGAGCGCGCCAUCUGGAAAAUCUAA